GCUACACUGUGUAGUAGUGGUUUUACAUUGCUACAUACGAUAGGCGAAUUCUUGUUGACUUUGUGCAGUAAAUAUAACUAGGCUAUUAGCGACGCCGUAGAUAUUGGAAAAUAAAGUAGUCGUUAGGUAAAAUUGGAUCGAUUUUAGAAGGAGAAUAUUUUUUGUAGGCUGGCUUUGUGGAAACUGAAGCGAUGUAAAUCGGUCAGUGCUAUUGAAUCUGAAUCUACACGGCUACCACAAAUCAGCUUUCAUUUGGUGUCGACUACCUUCGCAAACUCUUUAUGCAACUGUUAAUUUGACGUGGUCAAUUCUUUAGUGGUUGUGUAAAGAAGAAUACUAAAGAUUAACGCUGCUAGUGUAGGAUCGGAAUGAAUAGCAUUAAUAUAAGGAUUAUAUAAAACAUUUUAAGGUAGAGUGAAGGUGAAAAUGGCACACUAUUUUACUGUGUUCGUGUUUCUGAUUAGUGGAUUCAUUGGAUCACUUUCCCAGCAGCAAAUGAAAAUUCCUUCAAAUGAUAAUUCAGAGGCAGUUGUGAAACAAAAUUUUCAACGAGAAAACUCCUAUAAUAUUCCUCAUGUGGCCAAAAUACAGCCAGCAGUUCAAAAUGAAAAUGCUGGUGGUGGUUAUGUGAGGCGUGGAGAUACUGAUUCUUUUAAUAGUAUAAACAAUGCUAAACCUAGAUUUCAUAAACUUAAAGCUUUAGAUGAGGAUUUUCAGAAAGGAAUUAUAAAAAAUGUUGAUUCUCAACAAGGAGCUAAAGUUGUGAAUCAAGUGGGAAGUUCAGAUACAAACAAUAAUAACAAUAACAACAAUGAAAAUAAUAAUAAUAAUCUGAACAACAAUAAUAACAAUGGUAAUUUAAACUUUAAUAACAACAAUGAAAACAAUAAUAACAACAACAAUUUCAACAACUUUAAUAAUAACAACAACAAUUUUCAACAACAACAAAAUGAUAUACCACGGGUACAACAGCGUGACGUGGGGGGUAUGAAAUUGAAUUGGGACUGGAGUGAUUUCGCGAUUUCUUUCAAUGACUAUGGAGCAGCUGAAAUGAAAGUGCGAAGGGCACCUCAUGCCUCAACAGGAGAACCAUGGCCACUCCCACAGUAUUAUGUGAAAAAACAAAAGAGAGUUUAUCAUAUUCCUCGAGACGAUUUUAAUUUUAAAAUAGUGGGUAAAACUUGUGAUAUAUUGGAGGAAGGGGCUGAAAGAUAUUUAGAUCGUGUAUUGAAUUAUGUUGUGGAGGACAUGUACGAUAAUCUGCAGAAUGCAGAGGGCACAAUGGUGGAUGAUCCGAAAGCUAAAUACAUGAGUCCUCUUUACGCAGAGGCACCUGUCAUCCGUGUCAUGGAACUGAAAGUGAGAAAACCAUGUACCAAAUAUCCAAGUAUAAAUUCGGAUGAAUCUUACGAUUUAUUUGUAAAGAAGAAUCGUGUGUUAAUCUGGGCCAAUGAAGUAUGGGGUUUGCUGAGAGGUCUAGAAACAUUCAGUCAAAUUGUAUGGAAAGGGCUGGAUAAUAGGUUAUAUGUAAAAGAGACAGUAAUUAGUGAUUACCCAAGAUUCCCUCAUCGUGGUAUUCUAGUCGACACCUCUCGUCAUUUUCUAUUUAAAGAAAUUAUUUUUGAUAUUAUUGAUGGUAUGGAAGCUAAUAAAAUGAAUGUAUUCCACUGGCAUAUAGUUGACGAUCAAUCAUUUCCUUAUCAGAGUAAAGUUUAUCCUGAUCUUAGUAAAAAGGGGGCGUUUCAUCCCGAGUUUGUGUAUACAUUAGAAGAUAUAGCAGAGAUAAUACGUUAUGGUCGUAUGAGAGGAGUGAGAAUUAUGCCCGAGUUUGAUUCACCAGGUCAUACAUAUGCUUGGGGUUUAAGUCGACCUGACCUACUGACCCAGUGUUACCAAGGCAACAGUCCUGUAAAAGGAUAUUUUGGACCAAUUGAUCCAACCAAAAAUUCCACUUAUACGUUCCUUAAAAAUUUAUUUGAUGAAAUAUUGGAAGUUUUUCAAGAUUCCUAUCUCCAUCUUGGAGGUGAUGAGGUACCAUUACAAUGUUGGUCAUCUAAUCCAGAAGUAACCAAAUUUGGAUUAGAAUUAGCCAAGAAGGAAGGAAGACAAAAUAACAACAAUAAUUAUAAUAACAAUAAUAAUUUCAAUGAUAAUCAACAGGGUUUUUAUAGUCCAGGAUCAUUUGAUGUUAGAAAAGUUUAUGAAUAUUAUGAAACAAGGUUGAUGAAAGAUUUACGAGAUAUCGGUAAAAAGAGGGAAAAUGGUGUGAAAUUUGUUAUGUGGCAGGAAGUAAUGAAUAAUAAUCUACAGUUACCCAAUGAUACGUUAAUACAGAUCUGGAUGGGUGAUUCUGUUGAUAUAAAUCGAGCUAUAAAUCUGGGUUAUAACGUUCUCUAUUCUACAUGUUGGUAUUUAGAUCACGUUGAAUAUGGUACCAAAUGGCCAAAAUAUUACCAGUGUGACCCAGCUGAUAAUUCUUACGGAAUGACUGUGGAUGAAAAGAAAGUUUUAGGAGGAGAAGCCUGUUUAUGGUCAGAAUAUGUAGAUAAUGAAAAUUAUAUGACAACAUUAUGGCCCCGAGCCUCAGCUACAGCAGAAAGACUGUGGAGUCACAAAGAUGUUCGAGAUUUGGAUUCAGCGUCUGUUCGUCUGCAAGAACACCGCUGUCGUAUGUUAAAACGUGGAUUAAGUGUAGGUCAGAUCAGUGGACCCGAUUAUUGUUUACAUCGUGGUCCAUCACGAAGAAAUAAAUCAAACAAUACUAACUGUGAGGGUGGACGAUGUUUCAACAGUGGUAAAAAUAUACUUCAGUUUGAAGAUAUACAACUUCGUCUAACUCAAAGAGGUCCAGCUUUAUCUGAGUGUAAUAGCAAAUCAUUUACAGAUAUGUUUAAGUUUCUGUCUAAAGGAAGUAGUAUGUUUAUCAUAGCAACGGCAGCCAUAAUCAUAUUAGCCAUUGGAUUCGGCAUCCGACGUCCACAUGGCAAAUUCAGCAAUUCAAAAAUGUGUAAAAAUAAGACAAUAUUAAUCUUAUUUUUGAGCGUUUUAGUGAUUUAUUUUAUGUGUUAUACGACUAUUUGGAUGCAGGCCUUUGAAUUUAGUGGAUCAUUUCAUAAAAGGUUACAAAAAAAUAAUCUCGAUAAGCGAUGAUGGAAGAGAAGAGAGGAGGGAUUUGUGUAGAUAGAGACUUUAGGGAAUUGAUUCGUUUGUUAACUUGUUGAUGAUUUCGUUUAUGAGUAACCAUGGUGCUGUGAAAACAUCUGAACUAUAAACUUGAAUGUAGAGGAGUAACCAUGGUGCUGUGAAAACAUCUGAACUAUAAACUUGAAUGUAGAGGAGUAACCAUGGUGCUGUGAAAACAUCUGAACUAUAAACUUGAAUGUAGAGGAGUAACCACCAUGGUGCUGUGAAAACGUCUGAACUAUAAACUUGAAUGUAGAGGGGUAACCAUGGUGCUGUGAAAAGUCUAUAUGUAUAUAUACUGCAACGUAGAGGUCAACAGAUAGAUCUGAUAUAGUUCAUUAUGUGUGAAUGCCAUUUAUAGCACUGUGUACAAGGAUUAUUGAUGUAAUAGUAUGUGUACAAAAGAAGACCAUUGAAACCUAAAUUGAUAGAUAAAUUUAUUUUUGAAUCUGGUGAGGGGGAGGGGGCUGUGUUUACAUGCCACUUGACUACUACAAUGAUUAUAUUAAUCAUAAUUUCAAUGUGAUAUAAAUUUAUCAAAAGAUGGUUAUAAAUUUCUCCAGAUAUUAUUAACAGGGAAUAGAUUAAAUCAAAUGAAAGUUAUAUUUUCUUGUAAAUUUACUUUCAGUUAGUUAAGAAUUUAUUUUUGAACAGUUAAAAUAUCUUUCGUUUCUUCUUAAAAUGUAAUGAUGUACGUUAAAAUUUAUUAAUUAUUUAUGGUGUAUGAGGUAUUUUUAAAUUGAGUAAAAGUUCAGUAUGCAGGAUAGUUAUAUGUUUGUCUAGAGCAUAAAUAUUAUCUAAUUAAAUCUUAUUCCGAGAAGUUUUCAUCGAUAUACAACAUCUGGAUAUUACAAGUCAAUAAUAAUAAGUCAAUAAUAAUAAGUCAAGACCAGUUCUGAUGACCAAUUCAAGAUUACCAGAGAUAUGAGAUUUAAUGGUGGAAGUUGAAAGGAAAAGCAUGUAGUGUGACAGACAAAAAACAUAUAAGAUAAAACAUGAACUUAUGAUAUGUGAGGUAUGAGAUUUAACUGUGGGAGUUGAAAGGAAGAGCAUGAAUUACUCAAGUUCAUGUAUUGAGAUAAAAAAGAUGGUAUGUGGUUUUGUAUGUAUUUUAUCAGAUGAAUACUGUAUCUAUUAGAUUAAGAUAAUCACUUCUUUUAUCAAUGAAUCACUUUUUUGUGAAAAACUCUGUUUUUAUGUUAAUACCGUGUAUAAUAAUUGAAAUAUUGGUAAAAAAGAGAUAUAAUAAUACCAAGUGGAUCGUAAUAUCCUGAUUCUUAAUGACAUGUGACAUUCUAUACAAGAUUAUUAUUUGGAAUUCAGUAUAUUUUUGACAUUAUUAAAAACAAAUGUUAGAUUAAUAAAAACUGUGUAGAACUUUCAGAUACAUCAGUAAAAAAUACAAAUGUUAGAUUAAUAUCAGUUUAAUAUUUCAAAUGAGAAGUAAAAAUGGUGUCAAUUUGAUCAUACCAAAUCUGGUUGAUUUAAAGGGGUAUAGUCAUAUCUAAUGCUGCUUAUUUUUCUCUAAUUGUACUGCUAAAAAGGUUUCUUGUAAAAAAAACAUAAAUUGUGAUUAAGUGUUCAGAAUGUAAUAAUAUGUGGUGUAAUAAAACAAUGCAUAAUAGUCAGAAUAUCUGGUUAAAUGGGGUACAAAAGUUGUGAUCUUCAAUUUUUCUGUUAUAGAAACUAGCAUGCAAAUUAAAAACUUUCAGGCCUGGCUCAAAUCUGAAUUGAUAUUUAUCUUUACCUUGAAUUGAUAUUUAUCUUUAUCUUGAAUUGAUAUUUAUCUUUAUCUUAAAUUGAUAUAAAUUUAUCUUUAUCUUAAAUUGAUAUUUAUCUAGGAUUGAUAUGUAUCUUUGCCUUGAAUUGAUAUAUAUCUCUAUCUUGAGUUGAUAUCUAUCUUCAAUAAAUAUUUAUCUUUAAGUUGGAUUGAUAUUUAUCUUGAAUUGAUAUGUCUUUAUCUUGAAUUGAUAUUUACCCCUAUCAUGGAAUUGGUAUUUAUCUUGAAUUGAUAUUUAUUUUCACCUUGAAUUGAUAUUUAUUGAAAUUUGACUUUUAUCUCGAGUUUUAUGAUGCUGGGCCCAUAGAAUCCAUCUCCUUCAACAUGCAAUAUUACUAUGUCAAAAUAUAGUGUGUUCAUUUCUAAUGAUGUCCUUUGAAUGAUAAAAUUGAACAUAGCAAAUUGGAAUCUGACAAAUAUUUGAUAUAUUUAUUCAUUUGUUAAUUAUGUCUUUUAAUUGAUCAAGUUUUGUUAAAUUUUAAUUGAUAUUUUACGUGUUUAAUUACCGGAUUAUUCAUAUUGAAUAGUUCAGUAAAUUUGAAAUUUUCCGCAUAAACCAAAAACGAAACACAAGUUUAGUUAGUUUCUGGGAAAAUAUUGGUUUGGGGAGAAAUGGUGGUUGAUAUUAGGAAAAAAAAAAAAAAAACAAGUAGAAAAAACAUUUAUUAGCUUUUCUAUUUAGACUUCUCUAAAAAAAAAAAAGAUUAGGUAUUUUUGCCCAUCUUAAUUCUAAAAGUUUCUGUGUAAGUCUUACAAGUAAAAUGAACUAGCUAAAGGUUUUGUUCAAACGGAAUCCAUUAAGAAAUUUUAAAUUAUCCUAUACUAGGUUUAUUUAGUCUGUGAAAAUAAACAUCGCUACAAAUCCAACAUUUUUUCAGAAACUAACUUUUACUUUAAUUCAGAAUAAAACUAAACAUUCCAAUAUAUGUAUUCUGUGUUUGUUUGAGGAUCAGAAAAAGCUCAAUAAUUAACACUUAUUGUUAGUCCUUGUGUUACGUGUCACUAUGGUUACCGCUUGCUAAUCACCAUGGUUACCAGCUUACUGAGCCUAUUUCUACUAUUGGUUAUUCUAAUAUUUAAAUUGGACCCGUAGUGUCUGAUGACCCAAAAACCAGGAUCAAAAUCCCACGAAAUAACAGUUCCCUUUGGUAAUUGUGGUCUCAUGAUUACUGUGAUCGUUGAUAAUCUUGGUGCAUCAUAGGCCUGGUGAGGGGGUUCCGCAGACAGUUUGGGCAGUUUGCAAUGAGCUGGUGACCAAACCCAAAUGUAAUGAAAUGGUUAAACAUGCAUUAUGCAAGAGUUAAAUCUGCAUACUGCAGGUCUUUCUUUAUGCCUUAAAAUUAUUAAUUAGACAUUAAUUACUUGGCAUGACCAUAAAAAUGGAUAAUCAAGACUUUGUUUAUUAUCGAAACAGCGGUAGCAAUGACAAUCGAAGCUACACAUUGUAGUGACCAUACACAUUGAAACAAUUUGACUGAAAUUUUCAACAUAUUCCCUUUUCAUUAUCUAUGUUUUAACUAUUAUACCGAGAACUGUCAGCUCUUUAUCUAAUCUUACAUAAUGGCCACUUUUGAGCAAUCUGUUUAGCUCUAGUUCGUAUUGAUUUAAAGUUCAUUUAAACCUACACCGAUUAACUUCAGCAGCAACUGCUCACUUACUUUGUAAUCUGGGUUCAAUCCCUCAACAGCAUCUGAACUGAAGUAGGAUUGAAUUUUGCACUAGGAACAUGGCCCCAAGAUAUUCUCAUCUUGUUGUGGUUCUUCGUGAGGGUGACGUGCUUCAAAAACACUUGGCUGAUUCAAGAACGAUAAACAUGACACUAGGCAUGCUUGUUCCUUGGAAAAUUCCACAUUGAUUUUUGAUAUGUCGUAAUUCCAAGAUGGUUGCGAUGUCAUCAUGAAAUUGGACCCUAGUGCAUAUAAAUUUACGAAACUGUCUGUUUAAUGUAUACAUUUUCAAUUAAUCCUAGCCAUUUUUUAUAUCCGUUAGGUAUAACCGUAAACUUCACAAACCACAUCUCUUAAUAAUCUUUUGUAGGCAUUUACAUGUAGUAACUAAAUAGAGAAACUAUAACACAUACCAUAUUAAAAUAACAAUUACAUAUAUAUUUUGGCGAUGUUAGAGGAUUCACUCAAUUAGUAUUAGCUUGAUAACGUUGAAAGUAAGCUUGAUAAUGUUGAGACUAAGCUUGAUAACAUUGAGAGACUAAGCUUGAUAACAUUGAGAGAUUAAGCUUGAUAACAUUGAGAGACUAAGCUUGAUAACAUUGAAAGUAAGCUUGAUAAUGUUGAGAGACUUAAGCUUGAUAACAUUGAGAGACUAAGCUUGAUAACAUUGAGAGAUUAAGCUUGAUAACAUUGAGAGACUAAGCUUGAUAACAUUGAAAGUAAGCUUGAUAACAUUGAGAGACUAAGCUUGAUAACAUUGAGAGACUAAGCUUGAUAAUGUUGAGAGACUAAGCUUGAUAAUGUUGAGACUAAGCUUGAUAAUGUUGAGACUAAGCUUGAUAACAUUGAGAGACUAAGCUUGAUAACAUUGAGAGACUAAGCUUGAUAAUGUUGAGAGAUUAAGUUUGAUAACGUUGAGAGAUUAAUCUUGAUAACAUUGAAAGUAAGCUUGAUAAUGUUAAGAGAAUACUCUUCGAUAAUGUUGAGCUUGAUAAUGUUGAGAGAAUAAGUUUGAUAAUGUUAAGAGAAUACUCUUCGAUAUAUCACACAAAUAUAUUACUAGCUGUUAGUGGUAUGUAUUAUAAUUUAUUCAUAUAUGUUAAUUAUAUUAAGAUACUUUCUGAUUAGAUCCACACCCCUUUCUCUAAUUGCUCAUUUAUAAACAUUUUUAAAAAAUAAUUAUGUUUAUGUGUGUAUAUGUUAUACUCAGCUGGCCUUGCAUGUUGUGAAAAUGCACAGUAGUUGUGUAUGUUUGUGUAAAUGCAUGUGCAUGCUUUUUGCUUGAAUUUGUGUAAUACACAGCUCAAGCAACUUUGGUAUAUAUUUCCAUAAUUUAUUUUUGAACCAAAUAAAUGUUGUUGGUUUUUUUUUUGUAUAUAAAAUAAAAUAAGAGUAUUGUCUAUGUAUUAACUAGUUCAAUGAUAAGGCCGCACAAAAAAAAAUACCUGUGUUGAUGGUUACCUGAUCAUUUUUUUUUAGCAAAAAACGCCAACCCUCUGCUCUUAUAUUUACCCACAUUGGUGUGCACGUAAAGGAUCCGUUGGCAGUCGGAAUUUGAUAUAAUAGUAGGCGUUAGUGCCACUAUCAGGUCAAAAUUUCCCUCAUAGCACACUGUAUGACGUAUCAAUAUCAUGUCCAUUUUCAUUAGCCUAGUCAGAGUAGAACAGUAGGAUGUUAAACCCCAUUUCAUUUUAUUUACUCAUUACCUAGAUCAUAUAAGAUUUUCCAAUCAACCCUAUUUUGUGGAAAGCAGGUAACUGUAAAAACAGGUAUUAUUUUUUAGAAGUCUAAGAUUAUAUAUAAAAAUACUAUAUAUUGUCCAUAUUGUGUAUAUUAAACUUAUAUAGGAUACUGCAUCUUUAUCAUUUUGAUGGGUGGUGAAUAGUUGUUUCUAUUAAAUACUGUGUAGUGCUUCAUAGUUUCAGCUGUAAUGUGUAUCAUUACAAAUUUAUGAUCUCUCGUACUUGAUUCUAACAUAAAGCCUCCUCUGACUAUUAUUUAAAGGGACAAUAACACUCUUGCUGGCUUGAAAGCUCCAGAAAAUAAAUAAUAUCUCUAUAUAAGUACUGGAUGUUUAAGUGUCCUACCUGUUGUGUAAAUUAUCCAUUAAAUCCUAUUUUACUUGUCCAGAGGGUUCAGAAAUAUUUUUAAAUCGAAGUUUCAUUUGAAAAGGUUUACGUUUGACGUUUCAAACCAUUAUGUUGAAUUUUUAAAAAAUUUUAAAUAAGGUGUGUUAAGAUGAAAUUUGUAUCAUCAAUUAAUUGAAAUAUUCUAAAAUAGUACAAUUUGUUGACCAGAAUAAAGAUUGGGACAUAUUUUUCAGUUACAACAAGAGUGGUAUUGAGCCUUUAAGGGUUCUGAAUCCCACGCAAACUACAAUAUUGUGAAUCUUGAAUCUCAGUCCAAAAUGAUUUAAUUCUGUUCAGUAUUUAAAAAUUUAAUUGAAAAUUUCGUAAAAUUUUGCAACCCUUGCAGAUAAUAUAAACAAGUCAACAAUACCUUUAAGUGUUAGAUUAAAUGUUUUUGAUAGGCCUCUUUUCUAUUCGAUUGACUUGAAGCCAGAAAAUUAUCUAUCGUUUGAUAUUUUGGUUUUGAUUUUCCUAAAUUAAAUAUUAAAUAAUCAAUUUGAGUACAUAUCAGCGACGAUUAAGCCGUAAAAAAAAUAAUUAAUGCAAAUUACUUUCAGCAGCUUUAAAUCUUAUUUAACUUUUGAGUGUGAAAACACUACGACAAAUGGAGAGUUUUCGGUGUCUCUAAUAUGAAAAAUUAUUUCAACGAACAAUAUUUAUUGAAUUACCUCCCCCAAAAAAUAAAACCCCAAAUGGUGAGGAUUGUGAGAAAAUACAAAGCAUAUUAGAUUUUCAUCCAUGACAUUUUACCUACAAAAUAUAUAGAUAUUUAUUUAUCAUUUGUUGAUAUCCUUUAAACCCAAUGAGUCUUUAUUUACAUUGUGCAUUUAUUUUCUUUUUUGUUCUCUUUUAAUUUUAAAUUUUUCUUCCAUGGAUUAUAGUAAAUUGAACAUCUGAUGUCACUUCUAUUAUUUAUAUGAGAAGUUUAUAUAGGGAACAGACAGACCUGGAAAUAAUGAUUCUAGUUGUACCGGACAAAAUGUCAGGCGAUAAUGAACUAGUAGUAGCACCUUAUAUUUUGAAUUUUAUGCCAGACAAUAUGAUAGACACCUGAAGAAUUAUGCCAGAAUUUGUGCAUAACAUUGUCUGUGACAGGUGGGGGAUGUGGGGGGAUGGUCGAAUGGUUAGCAUUUCAUCUCUGAUUUUUAUCAUUAACAAUUAUAGGUCAAAUAAGUCUAAGUAUGGCUGAAUAGCCGUGUUCAUGCAGAAACAUUAUGUUAAACCCCAUUUCAUUUUUAUCAUUUUUAUCAUUAAAAAGAAAAAAUGUUAAAUAAUUGUAGAUGUGGUAAAAUAGUCCUGUUGGUGGAGAAAACUAAAAGGUUAAGCCCCAUUUUAUUUCCACUUUU